AUGGUGUCCACCCCAGCUUCCAAAGGUGGUCGCUCCGGCAGCGAGUCUCCUGCACCGACCGUGGCACCCCCAGGGUCCUACACUCUGGCCGAUGUUGUCCCCGGUGUCAAGAUCUUUGUUAGCAAGCCGCUAGGCAACGGCCAGGUUGAGCAUCGCAAGGCAGAGGUCUUGUCAACAAGACCUCGACCGGUGUCAGCCUUUGCUCCCAAGCCCGGACCCAACGACCCCAAGCCGGAUCCGCGGGACGACACCGAGUAUUAUAUCCAUUAUGUCGAGUUCAACAAGCGUCUCGACGAGUGGGUUGGUGGUAGCCGUCUCAUGACCGACAAGGAGAUGGAGUGGCCCAAGGCAAAGGAGGAGAGCAAGAAGAAGUCGACUGGAAAGGCAACUCCAGGCAAGGCUACUCCUGGUUCUGCAUCCCCAGGCCGUCCCUCCAAGGCAGGAGCCACGCCCAAGAGUCUGCUCAAGAAGGCUGCCACAAAGGCCGCCUCCCAAGUUGGUAAAGCACCGUCAAAGGCUAGCAAGAAGAGCAAAGCCAAGGCCUCGGCCGGUGCCGACGAGGAGGAUGACGACGACGACACCGCUGAGGGCGACGACGAUGCCGAUGCGGACGGUGACGUGAGCAUGUCAUCUGCAGAGGACGAGACCGAGAUGGUGGCCAGCGACCCGACUGCCGGCCCGGCAGUGUUCUCAAAGAAGCAAGAGAUUGAGAAGCUCCGUACAUCGGGUUCCAUGACCCAGAGUCACAGCGAGAUUUCGCGUGUCAAAAACCUCAACAAGCUGCAAAUCGGCAAGUCUGAGGUCGAGUCGUGGUACUUUUCGCCCUACCCCGCCGAGUACGCCUACUUGCCAAAGCUCUUUAUUUGCGAGUUUUGCUUGUUAUACUAUCCCUCAGCCACCCAACUCACUCGGCACCGUACAAAGUGCACCCUCAUGCACCCUCCCGGCAACGAGAUCUAUCGCCACAACGGCAUCUCGUUCUUCGAGAUUGACGGAAGGCGGCAGCGCACCUGGUGCCGUAACCUGUGUCUGCUCUCAAAGUGUUUCCUCGAUCACAAGACGCUCUACUACGAUGUCGACCCAUUCCUCUACUACUGCAUGACCGUCAAGGACGAGUACGGCGACCAUCUCAUUGGUUAUUUCUCGAAAGAGAAAGAGUCCGCUGAGGCCUACAACGUUGCGUGUAUUCUCACCCUCCCACAAUACCAGCGCAAGGGUUACGGAAAGGUCCUAAUCGAGUUCUCGUACGAGCUCUCCAAGGUUGAGGGCAAGCUCGGAUCCCCCGAAAAGCCGCUUUCGGAUUUGGGUCUGCUCUCGUACCGCGCCUACUGGCAGGAGAAGAUUGUCGAGCUCCUCCUCGAGUCGGAAGACGAAAUCUCGCUCGAUGAGAUUGCCCAGCGUACCAGCAUCACCCACGGCGACGUCAUGCACACGUGCCAGGCUCUCCAGAUGAUCAAGUACUACAAGGGCCAGCACAUUAUCCACCUUACCGACGCUGUUCUUGAACAGCACCAAAAGUCCCGAGCCAAGCAGCGUAACCCCAUUGACCCCACCGCUCUCAAAUGGAAGCCACCCGUGUUCACUCGUUCCCAGCUGUCGUUCGGCUUCUAA